AUUGAUGGAUGUUGAUGUUCUUUCGCAGGGAAAUAGCAAGAGGCAUCAAGCGAAAGCAUCCCGAAGUAUCGAUGCCUCACUGCUACCCAUGUUCGUGGGAUGGGUCAGUUCCAGCUAAAGCCCCGUCACGCUCCGGGUGUUGGUGGUACCCUUCCCGCUCCCGAGGAAGCCGUCUGAUUCGCUCCUUGUUUCGCGCAUUCGUUUGAACUAUCGCUUUUUUUGUUGCGUCGCAUUCAUGGCGCGAGGUAUUGCCGCCAUUGUGUGGGUCGCCUUGGUCUUUGGCAUACAGUCCGUGGUCCGCGGAAACGAUGAGGGCGCAGAAGCUACGCAGCCUAGCGCGGCAGCCGCACUGAUCACGGCUGCUUCACUGGCGGGUGUCGAUGAGCUCAGCGUUCUAGCAAGAGAGCCCGCGGCCUCAACCUGCAUCGACCAUAUCGACUGGUGGUAUUGUCAAAUUUUGAACACUGGAUCGUCCACAAGUAGCACAAUUGAAACGACGACGGCUCCUGCUACAAGUAGUCCGUCACCGACCCCAAAUCCUACAACCACGACCCCGCAACCGUCUACAACCCCCGCUACGACGAGCUCAUCAUCAACCACAAGUCCUGAGCAAACAUCUUCGACAGGCAACUUAAACUCGAACACGUCUCAGGCUACAUCAUCGACGCAAUCACUUACUUCUUCGACUGCUGGCGCGCAGUCUAGUUCGGCAUCGCAGUCAUCGCGCAGCAACAGUGCUUCAAUGCCGGCAUCGAGUGGAUCGCUUUCGGACAAGUCAGCCAGCGCCUCGAAGGGAUCCAUCACCAUACAACCCACGUCGACGAACGCGGGAUCCGGAGGCGUUCCAUCGCCCUCGACUGUAGCAACGUCGACUGUCACUCGUACGUCGACGAAGAAGUGGAUUAUCCGAAUUAUCCUGGCUGUUGUCGUAUCUUGCAUUCUCCUGCUGAUCCUCGCCGCUGUGACGUUGUGGCGUGUGCGGAAGCGCAGGCGUAGGGUCAGCCAGCACGACGGCAUGAGUUCUUUCCAUAACGACAAUGCUACCGUCUAUACCCGGUUCACUCGAUCUGAUAUGCGGGAGAGCUCGUUCACACCGGGCAUCCCUCGUUAUUCGGCUGGAGGCAGAGGCCCGGGCCAUUCCCCUAUAGAGUCUCCCGUCGAUGCGCAGUCCCACACCGAUUCAUAUGCAUCGGACGACACUCUGUCCCCCGGAGGUCUGCAUAAUGCCACGGCACUCAACAGUCCGUCGCGUCGCAUCCUUGGCUUCCUCGGAACGGCGCAUCACAUCUCCUUCCUUCCACAGCCUGCGCCGACAGAUGCUGCGUCUGCGACACUUUCAGCGGGCAGGCCUGCCUUGCUUGCUGCUCGCCCCCUGGACGGAAGCGUCGUAAUGACAGGCGACGCUCCCUCUUUGCCUAUACAAUAUCCGGACCUACACACCUUGACCCUUUCCGGGCUCGCCGCUUCGCCUGUGGAUAUUUCCCCUGCUUGGUCUCCUAUGUCACCAGCAUCAGGGAAUCAUGUCUCUGGCGUAUGGCACCCAAUACCGUUCGCCUCUUCCCCGACCGCAUUGGCUACGCAACCCUACCCAUCAGAGAAGCAGGACACAGCGGGCGCACAGCCUAGCAUCCUAGCUGAGUCGCCCACAGUCCCGCUGCCGUCGGCGACUUUCGAGACGGAUACUCCUCGGACGGCUCGGGAUUCACGACGGCGUGCGGAGGAUGGCGGUAUCAGCCUGGCCGGCGGGCCACACCGCCCGCGCAGCGCAGAAGGCCCAGACGCGCAGUCAGUCCUGGAUUCCUUCGAUGGAGGAAGCUAUCAAACGCUUCCUCCUGCGUAUGGAGCAUAUUGAUAAAGCAUCUAUCACUGGGGACCGACGAACGACUCACAUCUGGCGCCGUAGUGUCGCAGGCGUGGCGCACCAUUGUCGGUUCGUCAAGAUGACCAUAUCGGUAUUCUAAUCCCCAUACGAGUCAAAGCUUUGAAAAGAUUUUAGCACACUCGCCUCACAGACUCUGUGCGCCAGAUACAAUA